AUGUCUUCUCCGUCCGAUCUCUCCAAGUACGGUCUCGAUCUUUCCGAAUCCGAAUCCGAAGAAGACGUGCCUCUGCCGGUCCGACCCGUCCAUCCCAAUGCUCCGUCGAAGAAUGCUCAAAUGAUGCGCGCAAUGUGGGAGGCCCACAAGUCCGAAAAGUCCGAUUCGGAUGAAUCCGAUUCGGAGGAAUCCGAUUCCGAUGAAUCCGAUUCGGAUAAAUCCGCUGAGGAGGAUAAGGAGAACCGGGAGCCGUCGCCAAUUCCACCACCGCCUCCAGCAAGUGCACAACUUCCGUCCGCUCCGAAGCUGCCUAAAACUCCGAGAGCUCCGCCGGCAAUUCCACGUCAACCGUCUCCAGUCCCUCAGGCUCAACUGGUCCCUGCUGCUGCUCCGAAAACGACGAGGAAACCCCGUGCUCCAGUUCCCGCCAAGGCUCCAGCUACGAACAAACCCUGUGCUCCACGUCAACCGUCCUCUGCUCCAGCUACGAACAAACCUCGUCGCAAGAACCAACAAUUUGAACUGCACACAUCCACCUCGAGGUCCUUCAAAGGACUCCCCCCUCCCCUUUACAAUUUACGUCUCGGUUACUAA